AUAUUAUACAAGAGAAGUGGGCUAGAUUGGUUACGUAACACAUAAGAAAUUGUUUGUACAACACAUUGUUCGCACAGUCAGUAUCUAUUUCUGCCUUAUAGAAUCUAUCUACUUUACGUUUACUUAGGAUUAUAAGAUGCGCAGAGUCCUCUGGCUCGUCUGGGCCGGUGGCUCUUACGCCUCUCGAGGUCGAGAGCUGGGUGAUGACAGUGAUUCCUCCUCUUCCUCGGUAGAGGUGGCUGACGCUUAUGACCUGGAAAAAUGUACUCAUACUCACUUCUCAAAUCCUAUCCACUUUUGUAUGGGUCUGGUAUUUGGUAGCCUGAAUUUGAUCCCAAGGAUCCUCUUCAUGUUUUCCUUAUGAUCGAAAUCAGGCUACGAAAUACCAGAACCAUUCACCUUUUCCAGCACUACCACUAGCGACGUAAUUUCUUGAGAGUAUGAGUAUACUUUUUCCUGUCAUAACGGUCCACGUCCGGUUGCUCUGACGAGCCUGAAGUUCAACUACGGAACCCUUACGCCAGAAUGGGACCCGGCUGUGACGGAUUUCACCCUCAGCAUUCCAAAAUGCGACUACACGAAGGAGAAAUACUUCCCACUGAAAGCGACUAUGGAUGCGGGAGAAAACGGAGACAUCGCUUUUACUUUUGGGGAUAUCUCAGAUGUACUAUUAGGGGGAUAUGAAUUUUUUCAUGAGGAUGAGCAUGAAGAGCAUUCUGCAUAGGAAAUAAUAAUUUUUUUUAAUGAUGCGGGUGUUCUUGUGGUUGUCAGAGUAGCUCAUGUUAAGAUGUUGAGAGCGCUUCCCUAAUAGCAACACAAAUAGAGACUUGAUCGUGAAGACACAAUGAUCCCAUGAAAUACAACAUAAAUCAUUUACCUCGUCCUCCAGCAAUCCGGCGCUCACAUGCACGCUGUUUUUGGCGUUAUAGAGGGAAUCACGGAAGGCUUCGAGUCCAGGGACCUGACAAUUUCAGUUACCAGUGCCCUAGACUCUUCAGUGGGCUCUUCAGACUACACAAUUCAUGUCGUAGCAGACGCAGCAGAGCAAGACCCCGAUCACGAAGCGUGCCUCCUUACGGAGUAUCUAUUGACUUUCAAACUUCAGAAAUCGUGUGAUCAAUAGACUUAAAAAAAGUAGAAUUAGCAGAACAUCAUGAAGGGAAACAAGACUUAUCUGGUCGAUUCUAUUAUUUCAUAAACUUCACCUACAACACGAGGAUAGCGAGGACACUCACACACAAGCACAAUUCCAACAGGAUUCCGAUUACUUGCGACGUGGCGCAUGCAAAAUUAGAGCACGAUAUUUGUAAAUGCGAAGCGGGAUGGAUGGGCUCGUUGAGUUUCACAAAUGCCACAAAGGAAUGGCAUGGGAACUGCAUUUAUGGAUUUCUUUCAGAACUAGAUUUCACUGUACAUUAGACUCCUUUCCCUUUGUUCCCCGCAAGUGGCUGUAUUCUUUUAGAUAUGAAAACAACUUCAUUUGUACGGCUCUGGUAUUUUUGGUAUAGCCUGAGUUUGAUCCUAAGCAGGGUUCUCUUCUUGUUUUCCCUUAUGAUCAAACUCAGGUUACCAAAUACCGGAACCAUUCAUCAUUCUCAUUUCGCCCUGCUCUUGCUACGCCUCCCUUUCAUCUUCCGCGUGAGCCUCCGCGAGGUGCUUGGCCCUGUCAGGGCACUUUUCCGUUCACGUGCGGCCGUUGUCCAAGUGCGGAGGAGGCUUCUGAGUUGCUGGAUGACGUCACGGCUAGUUGCAAUAUCAUGCAAGAAGACGUCAGCCGUAUAAUCUGGCACACUCCAAAGUCGGGGUUUGAGACGGUAUUUUUAUAUAUGAGAGUUGUAAUUGUAGUAGUAGUUUACAUCUUCACGAUUGCAUGUUAUAAUGUUGGGGCAAGCAACGUGGUCAAUGAAUGUCUAUGGAGUAGAUGUGGAUGUCGCUUUGGCCGUCCUACGCCUACUAGCAAUUCCAAAUCAGGAGAACGAACCAGAGCCAUCCUAUCUUCCUGAUCUUCAUCUUUUGAUUUUAUCAGGUACAUCCUUUGCUGAAGGAGGCCAUCUGCGUGUCGCCCAUUUGCCGAUGGAGGGUUGAAUUGGCAGCGAAUAGCUUCGCAACCUGUCAGGCUAUAUGGCACGAUUAUUUUUCUAGUUCCGCCUUCUCCAGAAAGUAUCUGGUCACUACCCCUUCCUCCAUUAACUACUAUUCCAGUAUCCGUUCUUCACUGAUUCAUUUGUGACAAAAGCCCUCCCACCUAGAUGAGGGUUCAAAGACGAUCCCUACGCCAACGGUAGAGGCAACGUCAAGGAGAACGCUUUUCCACGUAACUCUGAAUUUCUUCAUACAUGAUGAUCGACGACAAAGACGUGCUCGUGCAUUGGCGUGACGCUGACUGGUCUUUGAUCACGGUGAAGCGCUUCCUAGACGUCUUCCAUAGCGCCAAGGAUGCCUGCCAUCUCGUUCGAGCCGCAACGAAUGUCUACAGCAGCGUUCAGUUAUGUUGAGAUUUCUGGAGCACUAAGUAAUAAAAGUAUGCGACAUCUUCUUCAACACGUCUGAGUAGACCACGCGUGCUAUUGAUCUACUUGUUCCAUGGAUCAACAUUUGUACAGCUUUCCCUGUGCUGCACCUCCAUUUUUCCAGCACAAAGAUGUGCGACCUUCCCAAAGAACCAACACGCCCUCCUUUUGUUCAUACCGAAUUUCCCAAAAGCUCCUCGUCACUGGCGUGGAUCUCCGAUCCGAUGUCACUAUCCGGGAAGCAGAAAACGCCUUCCGACAGGCCUUCAGUAAGGUCCUAUCUCACCCAUUCCGACGACUGGAUGUCGCCAUUGAGCCUGAAACGUGCAUAAAAGACCCAGUCUGCGACCACAACCAGUGCGGCUACGGGGAAUGCGUGCCGUGGACGGUACCUAAAAAUUUCAUGUUGCAUGUCCUCUGUCUGUUAUCCGGUACAUUUCUUUUGAAUAACCUCAAAUUCAAAAUUUCAUGUUGAAUGUCCUCUGUCUGUUAUCUAGUACAAGUUCAAGUUAAUAUUGUGAGUCAUGGACUUGUACUAGAGGUGGAGGUGGAAGUUCAAGAACUUCUUUUGCCCUCUGACACACCAGGCUCGCGAACCUUCGCAAAUGACGCUUUUCGAUGGGAGUUAUUCUAGCCGCCAUCCGAACCGUCUCGGCGAUUACGGAUAUAGGUGUUUGUGUAAUGAAUGUUUUGUGGAUAUGGCAAGGACAAGCUUACUCAUGCAGCUCAAGAAAUUAGGCAGAUUUUAAUUAGAAAUCUGCCUAUUCGAAAACUCAAAAUAAGCGAGUUACUGACCGAAAUAAGAGAGGCUUGACUACAUUCAUUCCUCUUCUUUCAGUAUCCCCCUUAAAUUUUCACUAGUUACUCGCUUAUUUCAGUUUAUCGAAUAAUUAGUUUGCAGAGAAUGAGUAAGUACACUUUUUCCUUUCAUCGUGGAGAAGAUUCAGGACGAUGGGAUUCGAACCUGCGUGCGCGAUGAAACCUGUAAACCCAAAAACUACUGCGAACCCAAUCCGUGUAAGUGCGGUGCCGAAUGCAUCCAAACUCCGGAAAGAGUCGCUCUGGGGGAACCGGGAUAUCAAUGUAAGCAUUUUUGAUUGAAACAAGAUUAUACAAGAAACAUAAAUAUACAAGAAGUAGCUAGGAGUUCUUAGAUGAGUCAGAGUGUCAUCGGACUCCAUAGCUAAUAGCGUGUAAUUGUCUUCGUCUCAUUAGAAGCUGUCUGGUAGCGCCAAUGUAGAAACAACGGGUCACCACCUUCACAGCUUCAACAUCAGAGAAAUCCGUAGAACUCAGAAGAGACCCAGGGAAGUCGGAGGUCCAACCCGAACCGACUAACAUCAUCGUCAGGAGUUGGCUGGUACCGAGAAAAUUCACAUCCUCGCGUCAAUUGACGGCAAGAACCAGAUGAAUUCCAACACCAAUCCCCUUUACCACCCACACCCCCCAACAAUAAGGUAAGUGCACUGGUUAUUUCACAGGAGAUCUUUGUGACACUCUUGAUUGCCCCAGUGGAUACACCAAGGAUGCGACAACGAUUAGUGCCGAUGUGUGCUCUGAGACCUGUGUUCCGAUGGAGGGAUCGAAUCCCUGCGACCCGAAUCCUUGUCAGCAUGGAGGAGCAUGCACUACGGAGGGGGAUGAUAGUACUUAAGUAUACUAAGAAAAUUUGAUGAAGACUUAUUGCAUUUGUUGGACUUGGAAUACCUAUUGUUGACGUUGACGUUGACGUUCAGGUUCACCAUCACCUACACCUUUACUCAGUGAUAUUGAACAAGACGAAAUCACUGAUACUGUGAAGUACUUAUACACAACUUUCUACUUCUUCCGUAUCCCUACAAGCCUAAUCCACCGACGAAUUUCCCAAUCGAGAACACAAGCCCAACGACGACAGGUUUCACUUGCGACUGUCCGACUUCAUUUGAGGGGAAGCGAUGUGAGAAGCUGACUUGUCCCGACGGGUUCAAGGAGGCUGGGGAUAUCUGUCUGCCGGAAGGCACUGACCUACCACCACCGCCAAAGGCUGACUGCUCCACAUGUGACGAGAAUCCAUGUGCGAAUGAAGGAUACUGCCAGGUAAAUGGUAAAUUGAUUAGGUGUCGUUGGAGUUGAUGACAGAGAAAGUGAGCCACAAUGUCUGACUCACACACUGCUAUGAGAUGCGUGAGGCUGUGAUCUUUAGACCGUACACUUCAAAACAACACAAUUUUUAGAGAAUUCAACCUACACGACCUUCAAGCUUUCCCGUUAUCCAUCUUCCCCUGUACUCUCUACGGACACAAAAAGAGUCGUUCCACAACUAGGUGAUCGACGAACAGUGCAACACACAGUGUACUUGUGUUGCUGGGUGGACUGGCGAUUAUUGCGAUACUGCAGAAGACGUCUUUAAGGCUACCGCUGAGGCAUCCCCAAAGUCAUCGGAUAUCCUCACUAGUAACUUGGCUAUUUCUCACCUACUAGAACUUUUAGAUAGUAAGUAACUUGGCUAUUUCUCACCUACUAGAACUUUUAGAUAGUAAGUAACUUGGCUAUUUCUCACCUACUAGAACUUUUAGACGGAAAUGAGGACGAUAGCUCUAAUGUCUGCGCCACGAGCGACUGUGGUCCUCUAGAAACGUGCACGCCGGAUGCAACGACAGACCUAGGCUACACUUGCGAGAGCCGUCGGCGCGCUCUGCGCAAGCUCAAAUUCGCCAAGGUCUUUUUUGAUAAGGUAUGGCUAUGGUCCAGGUCCCGGGACGCAUAUUAAAUUGACUUGUUAGACUUGGAGUACAGGUUGUACUUGUUUUUGUUAGUGUCGUAACUUUUUUUGCACUAUAUUGUUGUCGUACAGGAGGAGGUGGAGCAUGUUGCAGCUAGUUGAUGGUCUAUUUUCUUUGCUUUGGCCCAUACAUUGUGUAGUGAGUCUAAGAAGUAGAAGAAAAAUCUACAAUCUCUCUAAUCUCAAGUAAGCGCCGUUUGGACGAUGGGCCAGGCAAUCUUCAGUCUGUAUGGGAAACUGGGAAUGCUUUGCCGACAGUGAUGCCAUUGCUGCCGAACCAACCGGUCAUGCCCGAUGAGAAAGCUAACCGCUGCACUGUUUGUUAUGAAUGCGCAAGGAGAAUGACUAUUUGUAUUUUUUGGUGACACCACUUACUCCAGAUGAAGUAACCGUGUGGUGUCAAGAACACACGGUCAUAAUUUCUGGAAAACAGACGCUUACUUCCUAAGCGACGUUAACGUGAAGCAUAAGACUCCUCUUCUACAACUCGUGAUCUAGUGACGAAUCCGAUUGAUCUUUUUAACAUUCUAACUCCCGCAGAGAAGCAACGGGCAACGGGCGCAAGUGACCCUGUCGGUGAAAUGUCCAGUUGACGACACUGCAUGUGGGGAAAUGCUCAGCGUCCUCGAUACCAAACACCGCUACAAUGACUGGGCUGACUUUAUGAGCAGGGACAGGGAGAUACUGUUGUUGUACUCAGUCUGCGUAAGCACCUCUGUACGUAGUACUUGUUGAAUAGUGUAUUUUUAAGUUUAGUAAGAAAACAGCAUAGUUCUAGUUCUUCUUCUUGUUGAGAUUUUAGUACUUUAGCUCGGACUUCUAGUGUUUUCAGCCGUAGUUGAUAUUGAGACUACUUCAAUCAUUUACAUUUAUGUCACCUUUUGUUCAUACUCCUAGAGGCCUGGACACGUGUGAACUGCAUUGGCACGCACGUGAACACAACUAGCGAACCGACCGAAGAGCGGAUGCUGUCAAACUGCCCAGCGGAAACGCAGAUGGCGUCAGCCUGGAACUUUUUGCACGAAAAGUGCCACUUUCAAGAUAUCGGACUGGGAAAAUUUAUGAAUUGGAUUAUCGUUUUCUCGAUGUCUGGAUCCUCAAGAGGUUUUUUUCUUUCACUUUCAUACUAGUUUUUUUCUUUGAUCGAUGUCAUGAUGAGGUUCAAUCAUGUUGUGGUGCAUAAGAUUGUCUGAAUCUAUAAUUAGAAUUUAUUUGGUUCAUCUGAAGAUUUUGUGACCUUGUUCUUUCUUAGUUUGAAGCUCACGUUUCCAUUUCCUCAUUCUCUAGUCUCUUCAGCCUCACCCUCCCGUAGUAAGUUCCACGACUCCUUUCUUCAUGUCCCGGCGUGAGACUGGUCGUGACGAGAUGGAGGUGGUCAUCACAGACGCUGGUGUAGAGAGUGUGGAGGAGACUUUCCGACCUCUCGUAUGCGGUCCAGGUAUGGGCAUUUGUCGUGCUGCCAUCCUGAAAUAUGCGGACUUGUUCAAGACCUGUCGUAACAGCGCUCCAGGCGAGGUAGGAAAGCUGGCGCGAAGGUACUUUUUUUCGGUUUUUGUCGGGGAAGAAGUGUAGUGUUGAUGCUCGAAUGUAAUUGUGUUGACGGAAUGUGUGGUAGGGGUUGGUGAUAUAAUUGUUUUCGUAGGGGUAGCGCUAGCGGCGCAAGCAAAUUAAGUAAUAUUACCAAACAAAGCUACUUGUAGUUCUACGUCCGCCAGUGGAAAUGAGAAUAACUGACUCCACGAAAAAAACAGAGCCAAGGCGCUGAAGAAUUUCGGUCUCGCUUGUGCGAACCCUCGUGGCAAGGCCGUUGUGCGCAUGCAGGUGAAGGUGAAUGGGCUUCUUGACGAGCUGAGUGCUGUCGAACUCUCAGUGGCGGAGAAAUUCGUUCAGAAGAAAAUCGAAGAUGAAAUUCUCUCGAGCAGUUUGUACGAAGAUGAGUACGCUGGUAAAGUGGCCGUGCUGGCACGACCAGCGCUGGAUAGAAUUAAUGCGAUCAACAGCCGCCUGACGGUUCCGCUAGCAGAAUUUGCGCCAACACUGCUCCCGACCAGUCGAAAUGACCAGAUCGUGCAUCCUUGCACAUCACCGCUCUGUGCCGUUGCAGUGCAGCCUGGGCCGACCGACGCUGCAAGCGACCCGGCGGCUCAGCUCUUCGUCACGUUCAACAACGCGAUCAAACCGGGUCCGUGUUUUAGUGGUACGUACGACCUCUUUGGCGUCGCCCCAUGUGAAGUACGGUUGAUGCCAGCAUUCGCGAGCGCGAAAAUUAUGGAAUUUUUUUAGCCUCUUUGAACAAGACAGUUUUUAGUUAUUUUACAACUGUUGGAUCUGCUAUUUUACAACUGUUGGUGCUGCUAGUACUGCCAGAGCGAGCAGCUCCUGUGUACCAUACAUAGAACAACGCUGCGAGGAACUAUUUGACGGCUCUAAGCUCAACAGUUUCGUGCUCAGCGCGAUCGAUAAGGAGCUCAUUUUUGCUGGCGAGACUUUGCAGCUGCGACCGAAGACACAGUUGGCACCCUUCAGCAACUACACUGUGACCAUCACGCCAGGACUCGUUACAAGCGCUAGAGACGAACCCAUCGACACUGAGAUUAAUUAUGAUGGAAGGGAAUUAAGAUUUACUGUUACUCCGAGAACAAGAACAACUGACUGGAUCGUAAGAUGAACAGGGUUUUCAGUUUCAUUGUAGACGAAGUAUCAAUAUCUUGCGUUGUUAAAGGCUGACAGUGAUUAUCGCUUCCUCUGUAAUAAAUUGUAAGCACCACCACAACAACUACUUACAUGGUUCUUCACUUCUCUAAGUUCUGUAUUGGUUCCUCACCGGUGCUCCUCGUGGAAGCACGGUAAAGCUGAGUAUUGCGGUUGGUUGCGACGACGAGUACACGUGCAACUACAUGUCUGACGACAUGAAGCAGUACAGCAGCACACCAGUCACGACGCUGAUUGAGCCGCUCACAUUAAGCGCUGCAAGUUGACCUGUUGAAGAAGCACAUCUAUCUAUGGCCCCCUCAGGGGGGAAAAUGAUACUAGGUAGAUGUCGGGCUCGGGCAACCUGCAACCGCUAAUCACAAAGCAUAUCAACGAGUUCCGUGCAACAGUGACUCCAGGUGCGCUUCAAGCAGUAGAGUCACAAAUGGACGCACACAGGCGCAACGCUCUUUUGGUCGCCCAAGGGCUCCCACCGCUGCCACAAGACGACGCUGUUGUGCAGACAGCUUCGGUUAUGCUUCUGGUUUCUGAGACAACUGAUACUCAACUUGCGAGUCAGUGCUAGAAACUGGCGCUUUCAUCUUUGGUAAGAGGUGUAGUGGGGGAAAUGAUAGAGUAACUUUUCUCCGUUACCCUUACCUCUGCUGAGGGUCAAAAAGCAACGCAUGCUGCUGCUAAUUUGGAUAAUCUGUUCUUGGACAUUGAUCUCUUCUACUUGCUGGUGCACCUGCACAUGUUGUAUAAUCUCUUCUAAGAACUGCGGAGGCGAGGCUCCCUUGGUGGAGACAACAGCCAGCUCAUCCACAACGGGAGGCCUCUUCGAUGGCUCGCUUAUGUCAAUUGCCGGUUCUCCACCUAAGGCGCCAGCAGCUAAAAAGAAGGACGCGAAGAAAGCCGCUCCCGAAAGCUCGAACCCGUUUGCGGGUUGGUUCGGGUAGUGAUUUGUUACGAUUGAAGAUGCUAGAUCUCCUGAAGCGACGGUGUGCCGUCCUCUUCACCGUAUAUUAUAAUCAUUGAAUAUGGAGGAUGAAUGAAAAGUAUCUUCAAUUUCAAAAAUCAACCAGGCUUCGUCGACUCGCUACUUCUGUGUAUGAGCAGUUUGCCCCUUCAGACGACGGCAAUACACAGCAUAAGCAGGCACGUGCGUCCGACAUGGAACCUGGACUGAAUCCGAAGUAUUUCGAGCAAGAUCUGCAGAAAGCGCGCAUUGCAGACAGCGUCCGACGCCUUGAGAAGCGCAUUGGAACUAGCACAGUUAUGGGUGCAGGAAAUGAAUCUCCAAAAUCAUCUCGGGAGAAGAAGAAAAGAGAACCUAGCUGAUCUCUGCGAUGCAUUCCCUUCACCUCUAACACAGGGUCGCACCAAGAAAAGAAAUCCAGGAGAAUGACAGAGGAUAAAAUCCAUGCAAACCUCGAUAAGCAUCUAGCACAAAGCGUGGUGGCUUGGCAACGACGGUUAGAGAGUAGGAGACUGGUGGUGGCAGGUUCUAGCGGAGGGACUGAAGCACCAGGAGCAACAGCUGGUGAUCCGGUAGUGGAGAUCCGCGGUGAGAAGAAGGCAGUCUGGGUGCCGCCAAACACAUGGCUAACAUAUGCCAGAAUGGUACUACCAGGCACGUUAUGCCAUGGCAUUUAUCCAUUGGAGCAGGAUGAGGCAAUCAGGAGAAUGAUAGUGAAAUAAGUGGCACUACUUGUUGUUGUUGCAGCUGCACUUGUGCAUGUUUCAGACCGAUCUUGUUUGCAUUUCCCAGUAUACGGGCAAAGUUGUAUUGACAUUGGAAAUUCAAUACGUAGUUCUUGACAAGUUCCCGCCUCUACAUCAGGUCCCCUUCGUCUGUCUGAUGGUUAUCGUGGCAAUGCUCUACAACGGUUCAGCUGUCCAGUAUUGGGUACACGACGCGUGCAUCGCAAACGGCGGAUACAUGCAGUCAAUGGCAUCGUCAUCAGUGCCACAGGAGUUCGCAAAGCAGGAGUACGUGUCGUUUCUAACGGUGGACACCAACUCACUUUCACGAGUACUCCCACCGAAAUUGCUGUGGCCACUAGUGACGGCACUCACUGUGACGGGGAGCGGAGCUAUCGGUACUAAGUUUGUUGGUCACGACCAUUAAUUAUGUGCGCCGAUUUCUUUUUCUAUGUUGCCAGAGACGGAGACAUAUGCCUACGAAAUGAAAGCGUGGUCUGUCACACAACUAACUUCUUCUAGAUUUUCACAUUACCGAAGUCAAUCAGGUUAUUUUCUCUGCAGCGUGACCGGGGGUACGACUAGCGGCCUCAUAGGUGGUGGCAUGACAGCACUGGCUAGUUCCUGUCUGUGGGCAUCAUAUUCGCUUGCAGUAGCAACAUGGGUGGCUCCAUCACACAUACCAUUUUUCUUAUGAAGCCUUGUACAUUUAACACUUCUAGCUCGCUGAUAGUUGCAGUUUCAACUGGGGACCCUCCAGUGUAAUAUUUACCAAAUGCCGUUCGCCAUCUAACUCUCCUCUUCCACUACCGUAAGAAGUGGGGUCUGUGGGUGCCAAUGUUCGGCGGCUAUUUGCGACCCCGAACGUCAAAAACGGUAUGGACACCUGCUGGGCCUUUCAAUACGCAGAGUGCGCUUGCAGGAGCAGAAAAGGCUGCAUUAGCGCAGUUAGGCGCACCAUCAUCUCCAACAAGUGGAGGAGCUACAGGAACGGCGAUGGGGACCGGAAUGUACUAUCCGAUAUUUGUGCAUCUAGAGAAGGUGAAGAAGAAGUACGUAGAUUUAUAUUUGAAUUUCCAUGUUGGAUGGAUGAGAAUGCGAAGUAACUAGAUGGCAGACCACCAACACGGCUUUUGCUUUUGGGAAGGUAAAGUAGUUUGUCAGAUACGAGACCCUUUUGCCACUGGCAACAGUAUCCAACAAACACACCAGGGGCGCUCCAAGUUCGCCGUUGCUGGCAGGGGACUCGCACAUGGCAGAUUCUAGGGCACGCGAUAGGCAGCUAAUCGAGCACCAGAAACACGAGCAUGAGAUGGGCAGCGUUUAUGGAUGGAUGGAUGGAUAGGUGAACAAAUCAUGUUGAGUACGCCGAGUUCUUCGCUGUAACCUAACUGACGCACCAUCAUGGGUAUCACUCAGAAGCAAGUAGGAUGACGCAUACAGAACAACAUUUAUUUUAACUUAAGAAAGACAGCAGUUAGGUAGAAAUAUUUCCCUUUCUUGCACGACUCCACGUCGAGACCGUAGCCUGCCUUCAUUCCCAGCAGCACAAUCCCCGAGAGGGCCAGCAUGUAGAAUGGCAUCGACAGGCUGAGGUAACGAUGUACGAUGACGGAGAGCACACAGUAGUGCGAAUCCCGAAGGCGCCAGGAUCAGCGAAGGUGCAACCUACAAGGUUACAAGAGCCGUUCGCACCGGCGACAGCGAAUGCGGAGACUGCAUGGCUUCUUUCGGCUUUGUGCAUGCUAUUUUCGGUCGUGCUGAUUCCGUUGAACGGACUUCACCUGAACGAAGGGCAAUGCUUCACGAUACUGCUAGCGAUCGGCCUCAGCGUGCUGCUGUCAUUCUUCGCGAAAGCACGUACCUACUAGAUUUUUUUUUUUUGUGAUUUUUUUUGUGUUUGCAGAUGAUGCCUUUUUUUCGUACACCCUGCCGAGUAAAAGAUGAACAAAAAGAAGAGACGACGACAACACAAGACCUUGCACUUUGUCUAUUCGCAACUAAAUUGCUAUUGUCAACAGUUAUGGAGUCGAUGUUGAAGAGCCACUGCAAGCGGUUUUCAUCGAGCGGACAUGAGAUGCAGACAACGCAAGGUGGCAAGAAGUACCAGGUGCUCGCGACCGGCAUGCAGCACUCACCGAUGAAGGGCAACGCGAUCGCCCCGUUGUAACUGUAUGGCCUGGAUGUCUGUGGUCCUCUGGUCCUUGUUGUCAGUAGAAAGAUUGUGUUAAGAUGGUGCAUAUAUGUUCGCCACUUCAUAGUUGUAGAUGCGGUUUACAUCGUAUUUUCGGAAGCAUUUUGAAAGUAGGAGUUGUGCAUCCAAGAUCGCGUGGUUUGACCCCCUCUAAUCGGAAGAUUAUAGAUCCUCGUUGAGGAUUGUACUUUCCUGAAAUUUUCCACUGACAACUCCGACACCUUAUCACUACAUUACGUUCAACCGCUGUACGAAACCGAGCGAAGCGUUUCGUUUUGAAGAAAGAUUCACGUGAAGUGCAGGACGUGGAGCUAUCGAACAUACGCUGCGGUCAUCCGGCGCAGAAGGUGGUGGGCGCUAAUGCAAAUGCUCCCCGCAGGACAAAGAUUGGGCUUACAGCACUUUUUCCAUGAAUACGCGAACUUUUUAGGGUUUUCCCCGUCACUGACAUAGAGAUUGCAGUUAUAUAAGAGAACACAUUAGGGGAAAGAGCACAGACGGAUUCAUUUUUUAGCUGCAACGAAUGAACUGAGUUAUUUCCAGACGCCAACAUGCGGGGACAUCAUGCAUGCGCGUAUUUGUCCGUAAGAACAAGAAGAUGAAGAAGCAUAGACCGAGGCUGGGUUACGGCCGAGUGACGAAGAGGACGGAUAUCUUCAUGAGCAGGACGAAA